GUUCUCUAAAGCACUGGGUCCAUCCUCUUGUGUCCUUGUGUUAAAGAUCAGGACCGUGUUUUACCAGUGAAUAAACGUCAAGCUGAUACUCCCUCACGGUUCCCCCAGUCGGUUUAGACUCGCUCUAUUCCCUUCACCCUUGCUGCAAUCUCUCACUCACUUCCCAGGUAUCUUACCUUGUUCUCCCCCCCGCUUCGCCUCUUCUCAUCCUACCAAUUUACACUCCUCUACCCUCAACACAUUCCUCAUCUCCACUCCACUAUCAAAACCUUCGCGCCUCAAGGCAUCAUCCACCCCUCUUCACCACGACCAUACACCUCGAAUAUCACACACACACACACACAGAGAUACACACCAGAGCGAUCUCAGCGAAAGAUGGCCCCAAACACACCCUCAAAACCGAGAGCGCCUCGUCUCACCGCGGAUGAUCAAGUGCAGUUCCUCCUUAGCUGCAUCCGCAACGCCACUGGCGGCGGCAAGAUUGAUUUCGCCAAUGUCGCCAAAGAAUGCGACAUUGUGACCAAAGGAGCCGCCGCAAAACGCUACGAGCGUCUCCUGAAAGCCAACAACAUCGCUCCAGCGGGGGGCAGCAAUCUUACCUCGAAGACCACCAACGAUGAGGACGCUGAUGAAGACGAAGCCGAUGGACUUGAGGCCGCCGCGACAGGAGGAGCAGGCAAGGGUCGCAAGCGCAAGAGCCCGACUGCUACUGCGGCUGCUAUAUCUGGUCGAAAGGGGAAGACGGGUGGCUUUCUGGCGAGGAAGAGGACAAAAGGCCAGCUCAUGAAGGAGAUGGCUGUGGCUAGAGCGCAUAGGAUGGUUGGGAUGAGUGAUUCCGGAGAUGAGACUGUUAAGCAGGAAGAUGGGGAGGACGAUAAUGACGAUGAUCAUGGUUUGACCAUCAAGAAAGAGGAUGCUGAUGAGGAGAUACUUAUGGAAGACGAAAACUGA